AUGUUCACCAUAUGCAAUAAAUCGAUGAUCACACACAUUGUCGGGUCCACACAUAAGAAGUCUUAUUUAAUCUGGCAAUGUUCAUUUCUGAAUCGAUCUACAAACUUUGUUAAUGUGACACAACAAAAGCCAAAAAAAGAAUUUUGGAUUAGUACAGUUUGUGAAACAGAAAAGAAGCGGAAGAACGCUGACUGUAAUUGUGAUGUGCCAUAUGUUUUCUCGCAAUACUUUGAAAUGAGGAAUAAAUUGAUCAAGGAAAAAACACCACACAUACGAUAA